AUGAAUAACAAUUUAGAAAAUAACAAUUCUUUCAAAGAAAAUGAUAAUUCUUCCGAGGAAAAAAAUAAAAUAAAUACAGUUUCAAAUUCAGCUUUAAAUAAUUCAGAAUAUCCGAUUGAUAAUUUAUCAUCAUCUGAGUUAUUAUUAUUAGGGACAACAACUAAUAAUGAGGACGAUGAUGAUAAUAGUGAUAAUCCUCAAGACUUGCCUGAAUUUUAUAUUGAAAAAUUAUCACAAAGAACCAUUUCGUCAAAAUCCUUAACAGAACAUCUAUUAUCUUUACGAAUAGUGUUAUCGUCUGCUAAUUUUCCUUGGAUUAAAGAAUUUAUUGACAAGAAUGGAUUAAAGGUUCUGGAAUCUUUGCUUGAAAAAUAUUCUGCUUGCUAUAAAAAGAAUGCUGUGACGAAGCAUUCAGAUCAAGAUUAUCAAAUUCAAUCGCAGUGUGUUCGUUGUAUAAAGGCUUUAAUGAAUUCAAAAAUUGGUAGAUGUAAUGUUUUAAAAUCACCUUCAUUAAUCUUGAAUAUUGUUUUUUGUCUAUUAUUUACACCGAACAACAAAUUACGUACUCAAGUUGCUGAGAUUCUUGCUGUAUUGUGUGUAUGGUCAUUGGACGGACAUAGAUUGGUAGUUGAGUCAUUCUCUGAUUCUUGUGUGAUCAAUAAGGAAAAAUAUCGUUUUCAAUGUUUUAUGGACACUUUCAAAACAAAAGGUGAUGCUGAUGGCGAGGAGGAGGAUAGUACAUCGAUCGAGUAUAAGGUGGCUGGUUUGAGUUUAGUAAAUGCUAUUGUUAAUAAACCAGAUCAAAUUGAAGAACGUAUCUUGUUACGUGAAGAAUUUGGAAGAAGAGGAAUCUACAAUUAUUUUACAAUUAUCGAAAAUUCUGACCCUCCUGAUUCUCUGAUAAAUCAAAUUGAUGUCUAUAGAGAAGAGAACAAAAAAGAUUUGGCUGAAUUGCACAACAUGGCCCAUGGAAUAGUUGAAAAUGCAAAUAAUCCACCAUAUAUGAUCUAUGAAUUAUUACGACAAACUGAAAACGAUGAGAAUUUGCACACCCGUAUCAUUGAUUCUCUUGAAAACUUUUUGAAAAUUAUUUGCAGAUUUUCAAAUGAGCAAGACAGAAUCGAAGUAUUAACUAUUGUUGAAAAAUUUAUUGAAAAAAUAAAAACUACAAAUAAUGUCAAAGAACAAUGGCAAAGUAUCAUGAAUGAUUAUAAUUCAUCUAUUCAGCACAUAAUAGGCAGAAAAUAUUCACUGGUCAGUGGAAUGAUAACCGAUCAAGAAAUUGAUUCACUAAAAAAAUCAAUAAAUAACUUGAACCUAAAGAUUAAACAACAAUCAGGGAUGGUUGAUAAAUUUAAAUAUACACAAAAUUUUGAUUCAAACGAUGAAAAUAACAACCUAGAUAAAAAAAAUACAAUAUUUUCCCUUCAGGCAUCACAUUCAACGCCUAAUUUAACACAAUAUGAUCUACCUGAUCUCUCUUCAAGAUCUCCACAAACAUCAUUUUUUCCAAACUUUAAAAAUCUUUUUCGCCAACAAUAUCAACAAUCUUCUUCAAAUAAUAAUACCCUAUCAACCACCACCACUACUUCGCCUACUGCCACUACGUCUCCUGCCACAUCUCCUGCCACAUCUACCGCUACAUCUAACGCUUCAAUAAUAAUUGAUCAGCAAUUUAAAAUUGAUUCCAGUCCCAUUCUCAUAACAAACAAUAAUUCCUCAACUCCUCACUUUUUCUCUUCAAAAUUACAAAAUUCUACCACAAAAAUAAAUAAACCACCUCCGCCAAUACCACUACCAAAAAGAAAAUUAACCAAUAGACCAUUAAAACAAUUAUUUUGGAAUAAAUUUUCAGUAAAUGAGAUUAACAAAACAGUAUGGCAAGAAAUUCCUAGUGAUAGUAUUCCAAUUAAUUUUGAAGAAUUGGAUGAAUUGUUUGCUAUCACACUAUUAGAUUUUAGUCGAGCUAAUAACAUAGCUAUUAUGUUAUCAAAAGUUAAAAUGUCUUAUUCUGAAAUAAGAGAUGCUAUUUUAGAAAUUGACGAUGAAAAAUUGUCAAUUGAGAAUUUGAAAUCAAUUAAAAAAUAUGUCCCAACAUUACAAGAACAAAAUUUAAUCAAUCAAUAUACUGGUGAUUUGUUGGCACUUGGUAAUGCAGAAAACUAUUUCAAGAAUAUUAUAAUGAUUCCGAGAUUAGCUGAACGAUUAACAUGCAUGAUAUUUAGGCGUAAAUUUGAAAAUAAAGUACAAAAACUUGUACCUAAAAUUAAUGUGCUACGUAAAGCAUUUACCGAAAUAAAAACAUCAAGAAAAUUCAAAAAAUUACUAAAGACCGUAUUGGUAAUUGGUAAUUAUUUAAAUACCUCGUCAUUUCGAGGUAAUGCAUCAGGAUUUCAAUUAGAUGCACUUUUAAAGAUGAAAGACACAAAAGUAAUGGAUAUUAAUAAUGAAAAAGGAAUAGCUACACUUUUACAUUAUUUAGUGUAUACAUUAGAAAUGUAUCAAAAUGACAUUAUGAAUUUUAUGGAAGAAUUACCAAAUUUGGAAGCAUCGGUCAGAAUUUCCACAACUUCUGUUUUAUCAUCUGUGAAGUCAUUGUUCUCGGGCAUUUCACGGAUCGAAAACGAAUUAGGAAUUCUAAAGCAAUUACCUCUUCUUUCUUCUACAACUAAUUCGGAAAUUAAAGAUAAUUUUAUAAUAGUUAUGAGCGAAUUUAUUCAAAUUGCACGACCAACAAUUGAAAAAAUUAAAAAUAUGACAAAUGAGUUAGAAGAAGAGUCAAAAAAAAUAUUGAUUUAUUAUUAUGGAGAAAAUCCAGAUGAUAAGAAAGUCGAAGAUUUAUUAGGAUUAAUUUUAACAUUUUCAUCUUCAUUUAUGAAAGCUAAAAAUGAAAACGAAGAAUUUAUUAAAAGGAAAAUACAAAAGGCGAAAGAUGAUCAAUCAAAACAACAGUUUGAUACAUUGAGUAUAAAUUCUUUGAAUGAUGAACAAGAUAAUUUCGAUGAUACUAUCAAGGAAUUAUUGUCUGGAAAUACUUGGAGAAGACGUUCAAGAAGUUAUAUCACUGAAUCAUAA